AUGUCAAGACGUCCUCAGUUUUCACGGCGUGAUUUGGACAGCGACGACGAGGACGGCUAUUCGACGGACUCUUCGACUUCGUCGUUGGCGUCUAUUUCGUUUGAGGCUCUUUCUGCAGCCAAGAAGCGGAUUGCCCAAGAAGAUCAGGAGCACAGCUCGGACGACCAGUCCGAGGGCGAGUUUUUCGAGCCAGAACGCACAAGAGACGUUGCUCGCAAGAAGAAGAGCAAGCACGCCCCAAAGGAGGCGUCCUCGAAGAAGCCCGUGUCGAAAGUGCGCGAAAUCCCCGGGUUGUUGGAGGGAACAAAGUACGCUAGCAGCAAGCACCACGAUAUCCGGUUUGAUUCUGCGUUCGAUUCAGGACCUGGAAUACAUAGCCAAGAGCACCAAGUCGAGACUGGACGCGUUGAAGAACAGAGACAUGGAGAAACAGGUGGUGAAGGACUACAAGAAGCAGACCGGAUACGACUUUGUGAAACGGAGCGACAAACGGAAACUGGUGCAGGUUGCCCGGUUCAGCAACAUGAAGGGAAGACAACGGGAGAAGGUGAUGGAGCGGAAACGGAAGAAGAGGUUCGGAAAAGAGAUGCGCCAAUUCGAAAAGAACUACAACAACGACCGUUAGAAUAUGAUGAUAGACUAUUAAUGAUUCCGUAUUUAGUGUUCCAGAAUGGUCAAGUUUCCGGUCACCACAACGUUCUCGAGAAUGGAGCCGUUGGGGAUGUCGAUCCUUUGACCCUCGGAGCAAACAAUAAUAACCGUACCCUUCAGCUGCACGCCCUUGCCGAAAUAAACGUUACCGGUAACCGUAAGGUGGUCCAGUUCGAGGAUUCUUGGCAUGUGAGGGAUUCGCUGCUGGAAGUUGGACACUUUCUUGAAGUGGGAGCCGAGCUUGAUGAGUGGGGCGCCGCCAAAACGGGCACUGUCGAGGUUCAAAGCGCCGUGUUGCAGGUUAAACAGGUCGCUCUUCACCAACAUCAGGUCCGACGAGUUUCCAACGCUGAUACUCUUGGAGUUUGGAAUGAUCUCCAUUUGCAAUGCGUUGGCCUCGACCAGACGCUUGAUGGCUGGCAGGUUGAUCCACAAGUUGUUGGUGUUGAAGUUGGUGAACUUCUUGAUCGACUUGAACUCCUCGGUGUGGUCCUUUGGAACCUGAGCGAUCUCCAACAGUCUCACUUGUCCGUUGUAGUUGAUCAAAGUACCUCCCUUAACGUCGGCUCUGGUCUUGUCGGUCAGCUCCAUAAUGUAUUCUGCUCCUGUUUCAAGCAUGUGGUUGAGGAUCUUGGUGUCGACGGUGGCACCCAAGUUGUCUCCGUUGGAAACAAACAAGAUCUCCUUACCCUGCUCAAGCAGAACGUCCAGCUCUCCCGAGGAAACAAGCGACUCGAACAAGUCACCGUGUCCAGGUGGGUACCAAGCAUCGAGCUUGUCGUCGUAAGAUUGUGGAACAGGGAGCAACGAGUCCUUGAACACUCUUGGGUACCUGGACUGGUUGAAAGUUCUGAUCCGAAUACGGUGGCCCUGGUACUUUCUCACAAUGACCUGUGUGUCGUCGUUGGUGUUGAACGAGUUCAUCAAAAGAAGUGGGACAUCGGUGUCGUAGGUGGUGUUGAGGUGUUCGAUCUGACGAACAGAAAGAUCAAGGAACGACUGGCCGUCUCUGACCUCAAUGACGGACUUAGGACCAACACAUCCCAUAGAAGGGUCGGAGAACGGAUCUGGUUCCAGUCCAGCGUGGUACCAGACGCCUUGUCAGUAAGGUACCGUCUGAACAAAGCAAAAAAAGAGUCCAUUUCGACUUCAAACUUUGCCUUGGCCUCGGGAUCUUCCACGCCAUCGAUCAUCUUAUUGAGAGAGUUUCUCAUUUGCGAUGCCGCGACGCUGGUGCUGGUGUUCUCAAAAGCGUACGUGCUCUGGGAUUUGGCGUGUUUGCUCAUCUCUGCAAAUUUAAUAAAAAAAAUCGUGUUCCUGGUAAACUACAAACAUCCGUACACCACCUUACACGUGCCCAGAGUAACUGCCCGCGAUGAUGGUUUGCAAGGUGGCAACAGGGCGCCACUCGUCCCCGACGUUGUCGGUGGAGCUGAAGGGGUCCUCAACGGUGUCGACAAGCGCCUCGAUGUUGAGGUUGGUGUUGACGUGCGACACCAGUUCUGCCCCGCUCGCACUAUUUAUGGUGAAUCUCAGCUGGAUUCCGGCGUCUGCCUCUUUGGCCAAUCCGCUGGUCACAAACCGCGCGACAAGACGCUCCUCUCUGCAGACGACGAGUGUGCGCCGGUGAUGGACACAGACACCAUCAGGUUCGACAGUUCCAGCGAGUUCGAAGCCAGCAACGGCAGCAACUCGUCGGCAGGCUUGACCGAGAUGAUCACAGUAGACUGGUUUGGUUCGUGCUUCCAAAUUGGUUGGACAAUAAUCGGCGGCUUGGAGCUGUUAAGCAUGGUUUGCCAUGAAGUUAGGCAGAGGACCAGCAGACGUCAAGUUCAGUUCGAUCUUGGCCGGGAUCUUUUUGGUGUUUUCGUCCAGAAUGUAACUGAAAGCCACUUCUCCAAUCACAUUGGAUCUGGUCAAUUGACCGUCCUUAAAGGAAGCGUUGUAUAUUUCCACCACCGAGGCAUUCAAACCAGGUUGUGUCAGGCUCGGAUGGUGAAUCUGGCCACUAGAGAGUCCGCCAUUGCCUGUAUUAGUUUUAGAAAGCAGGGUGGAGCCGGUGGCAUUUGGCGCAAUCUGAGCUUGUUCCAAAGUGCUACCAAGAGUGCUGAUUCUGCGCUGCUGAGGCGGAGCAGGUGCGGAUCCGUGAGGAAGUCUUGGACCGGAACCAGGUUCUGGAACAGUUCUGGAGCAGUGGUCGGAGCUGUUCCCGAAGAUGGGAACGCAAACGAGCUGGUCGAACCGCGGUACGAUGGCUGGAUAGACGAGUUAGUGGUCAGUUCACUAGCAACUGAGUUGGACCGCUUUGUUGGUUGCAUUGUUGGAUAA